CCCCGGCCCCGCGGGGAUGGGCAGGCGGCGGCGGCGGGGCGCAGCCCCGGCGGCCAGCAACGUCCCGCCUUCCUCACCAAGGCUGUGGACCCUGGUGGAGGAUCCCGACACCGACCCGCUCAUCUGCUGGAGCCCGAGUGGAAACAGCUUCCAUGUGUUUGACCAAGGCCAAUUUGCCAAGGAGGUGCUUCCAAAGUACUUCAAACAUAACAACAUGGCCAGCUUCGUGCGUCAGCUCAACAUGUAUGGCUUUCGAAAGGUAGUCCACAUUGAGCAGGGUGGUUUGGUGAAGCCAGAGAAGGACGACACUGAAUUUCAACAUCCGUACUUCAUCCGAGGCCAGGAGCAGCUGCUAGAGAAUAUCAAGAGGAAAGUAACCAGCGUCUCCAGUAUAAAGAAUGAGGAUAUAAAGGUUCGUCAAGACAGCGUAACCAAGUUACUGACUGAUGUCCAGAUGAUGAAAGGAAAGCAAGAGAGCAUGGAUUCCAAAUUGAUAGCAAUGAAACAUGAGAAUGAGGCAUUGUGGAGGGAAGUGGCCAGCUUGAGGCAGAAGCAUGCCCAGCAGCAGAAAGUCGUCAAUAAGCUUAUCCAGUUCUUGAUUUCAUUGGUGCAGUCAAACCGUAUCCUUGGGGUGAAGAGAAAAAUUCCCCUGAUGUUGAACGACAGCAGUUCAGCACAUUCCAUGCCUAAAUACAGUCGACAGUACUCCCUGGAGCACGUCCACGGUUCAUCCCCAUACGCAGCUUCUUCCCCGGCAUACAGCGGCUCCAAUCUGUACUCCCCGGAUUCUUCAGCCAACUCUGGUCCCAUUAUCUCCGAUGUGACGGAACUAGCCCAGUCCAGCCCCUCAGCUUCCCCCAGUGGCAGUCUCGAUGAAAGGAACAGCCCUGUGGUCCGUAUCAAAGAAGAGCCCCCCAGUCCCACCCCCAGCCCCCAGAUAGAGGAGGCCAGCCCUGGGAACCCUCCUGCUGUUGAAACCCCCCUGUCUCCCUCCACUUUCAUUGACUCCAUCCUCCAGGAGAAUGAACCCAGCACCACGGCCAGUGCCAGUGACAGCACCACACAGCCUCAGCCCCCAGAAAAGUGCCUCAGCGUUGCCUGCCUCGACAAGUAAGUACCGUGCCAUGACUC